GAAGAACGUCAGCUUGUUUACUAUGAUGGCGGAAGUUAUGCUUGUUUUAUCACCCAAACUUACUCACAUGGAGAUUUAAUCGAAACAACAUUGUUUAUAUUUAGUUUAUCUGCGUAGUUACACGGGCGCUGAACCUCACGGCCGUUUGUGAUGAAGCUAAAGGAAUUAGAAAGUUGCUUGCAGCAGGUGGACACAUUCGAAGAGCCCAAAAUCCUUCUCGAACAGUAUCCAACCAGCCCUCACAUUGCUGCCUGCAUGCUGUACACGAUCCACACUACGUUUGAUGACAUCGAGGCCAAACUGGUGGCCGAUCUGGGAUGUGGUUGUGGAGUCCUCAGCAUCGGGGCCGUGAUGCUGGACGCAGGCUUGUGUGUCGGUUUUGACAUUGACGACGACGCUUUGGAGAUAUUCAGGAGAAACGCAGAGGAAUUUGAGACCUCCAACGUGGACCUGGUCCAGUGUGACCUGUGCUGCCUGCAGGGAGAAGCUUAUGCCCAGAAGUUCGACACAGUGAUCAUGAAUCCACCAUUUGGUACAAAACACAACCAAGGCAUGGACAUGAAGUUCCUUCGAGCUGCUUUAACUAUGGCAAAGACAGCCGUGUACUCACUUCACAAAACAUCAACACGAGAGCACAUACAGAAAAAAGCUAAUGACUGGGGAGUAAAGAUGGAUGUCAUUGCAGAACUACGAUAUGAUUUACCAGCAUCCUACAAGUUUCACAAGAAGAAAUCGGUGGACAUCCAAGUAGACUUCUUAAGGUUCUCCAAAACAUGAUGCUUUUACUGGAAUGAGUUUAAGUUGCCUCCUGCAUAAUAUUUAUAAUAAAUGUUUUUACUUAAAAAAA